AAUAAAGACACUGUACAAUACGGCAAGAACGCUCGAAUAAAUAAGAUAUCUAUAUAUUAUAUAAUAUACAAGCUGGACGAAAUCAUGCUAUACCUAUAGGCAGUUUUCAUGAUACUGUGGUAAUUUAGUAAUUUGUGCAAAAUGAAAAUUGGUAUCAUUGGUGCGGGUGCAGCAGGUUUAGCAGCAUUGAAGCACAGUUUAGAGGAAGGUCAUGACUGUGAGCUUUUCGAACAAACUGGUUAUAUUGGAGGGGUAUGGAAGUAUGUCGAUAAAGUGGGUCUCGAUGAAUUCGGAUUGCCCAUUCAUACAUCUAUGUAUGAAGAUCUCAGGACCAACCUACCAAAGGAACUCAUGAUGUUCGAAGACUUUCCUUAUAAAAAAGAGCUAACUCACUCUUAUAUCACCCACCCAGAAGUUCUUGAAUAUAUCGAAGAUUAUGCAAAAUUCUUCAAACUAUCAACACAUAUCAAGCUAUAUCAUCAUUUGGAGGUUGUCAGUCCAGGACCUGGGGGGAUAUGGUCGGUACAAGUAAAAAAUCUCAAAACGAACAUGGUGGAAAAGAAAGAAUUCGACAGUAUCAUGAUUUGUGUUGGCAACUAUUCAGAUCCAAUAGUUCCAAAACUACCUGGUAAAAAUAAAUUCAAUGGAAGCAUAAUACAUAGUCACGACUUUAGAAAUCUGAAUCCAUACAAGAAUAAAAGAGUAUUAAUAGUAGGAAACGGGCCUUCUGGAUUAGAUAUUGCUGCAAAGGUCUUCGAAGUAUCAAAGAAGGUGAUUCAGUGUCAAAGAACUUCAAAACAAUUGAGUGAGUUCAAACUGAAGAUACCAGACGACAUUAUUAUUAAGCCCGAAAUCGAUGAAAUUUUUGAGCACUAUGUGAAAUUCAUUGAUGGAUCUGAAGAAGAAAUUGAUGACAUUAUUUUAUGCACAGGUUACAGAAUUUCGUUGCCAUUUUUGACUCCACAAUGUGGCCUUGAAGUUGACGAUCAUUACGUCAAAUACCUCUACAAACAUACUAUUAAUGUUGAACAUCCAUCAAUGGCAUUCGUUGGUAUGCCAAAGAAUAUCCCAUUGUUUCCAAUGUUCUGUUUACAGGCACGAUUCUACCUGGCAUUUCUAAGAGGAAAUAUUACAGUUACUAAAGACGAAAUGAGACAAGAUGUUGAAGAAUACAUGGAAGACUGUGAACAAUCUGGACAACAACCGCACAUGAAAGUCGGAAAAAAGUUUAAUCAGUUUUUCGCAGACCUAGCUACCUUGGCCGACAUUACACCUAUGAAACCAGUUAUCCCAAAAAUAUUCGACUAUCUGAUCAAAGAAGCUCUCGGAAAUUACAAUAUAAAAUAUACAAUAUUGAAUGACGAAGAUUUCGAACAUAUGCUGUAUAACGUUGAUGAUGUGAACACGAAACAGGAGUGAAGAGUUUCAACAAUAAAUUAAAGCAAUCCGAUGCAUUAUUAGAAGGUUAUUAAGUAAAAGUAAAAGCGUAGAACCAAUGAUUUAAUGAAAUCAAACUCUUU